CAUAGGAAGUCGUUUUUAAAUAGCGUAAGCAAGGUCGUUUAUAUGUGUUUUUAUCAACCAUGACAUAAACAUUCUUAAAUAUAUUAUAUCUCACUUACUUAAUAUAUUUUUAUAUUGACUAUGGGUUAAUAGGCGAGUCCGUUUUAUUAGUUUGAAGUUGAGUUUACUACAAGUAUGUUGAAGUUUUGCUUAAAAAAUAUGGACAUUCUUUUUUCUCAAUCUGCAAAAGGUGUUAUUUGUCAAUAUCAAUUUUACCUAGAAAGAAGACAGCUGUUUUUACUGACAAAGCAUGCAAAUAAUUCUUAUUCAUCGCUCAGUGUUAGUACCCAUGGUGCUUUCAGUUUGUUGCGUUUCAGUCAUGCAAAGAUGUUAAAAUGUUGGAAAUGUGGUGUUGAAAAGGAAGCCAUAAAAGAAGUGUUUUGUUCAAAAUGUAAUUUUAUUCAGGAACCUCAUGACACCAAAAACUUUUUUCAAUUGUUUGACAUUAAGGAGUCUUUUGAUAUUGACACAAAACUGUUAACCAACAGUUAUCGUAGAUUGCAGAAUAUCAUUCAUCCAGAUAAAUUUAGCAAUAAGAGUUCAGAGGAAAAAAAUAUUUCACAAGAAUAUUCAUCACUUAUUAACAGAGCUUAUAAUACAUUACAAUUACCUCUUAAUAGAGCUUUACAUAUACUUCAGUUAAAAGGAGAAAAAAUUGAUGAAGAUCAAAAAGUAGUAGAUACCGAAUUUUUAAUGAAGAUUAUGGAAAUAAAUGAAGAGAUUGAAAAUGCAGAAAAUCCAGAACAAUUAAAGAUGCUAAAUGAACAAAACAAAAGAGUUAUAUCUGAGAUUUGUAAAAAAAUAUCCAUAUGUUUUAAGAAUAAUGAUAUUGAAGAGGCUAAAAGGUAUAUAGUGCAAUUAAAGUAUUAUAAUAGUAUAUCUCAUCAUGUAAAUGGUAUACUUAGAACUAGAGGAAUAGUUGACUGAUUUGUGUAUAUAGAAGCAAAUAUCUUUUGGAUAAUGUCAUAAGUUUGUUUGUAUAUUGUAUUUAUAAACAGUAAAAUGUAAAUAGAAAUACUUCAAAUACAUGUAUCUAUAAACAUUA